ACCCUUCGCUCCGCUCCCUCGGGAGGACCGAGGCCGCUGAGAGCGCCGCCUAGAGCGCCGCUCUCUUCCGGGAAGGGGCUUCCGGCCAUGGCGGCGCACCUGAGGCUCCGCGGGGCGCUGGCGCUGGUCACCGGGGCCGGCAGCGGCAUCGGGCGGGCGGUGAGCCUCCGCCUGGCCCGCGAAGGCGCCACGGUGGCGGCGGCGGACGUGGACGAGGCCGCGGCGGGCGAGACGCUGCGGGCGCUGCCGCCGGGGGACCACCAGGCCGCGCGGGUGGACGUGGGCUGCGCCGAAAGCGUGGAGGAGCUGCUGAGGGGGCUGCAGGCGCGCUUCUCCCGGCCCCCCACGGUCUGCGUGAACUGCGCGGGGAUCACGCGCGACGAGUUCCUGCUGCGGCAGAGCGAGGCCGCCUUCGAGGCCGUCCUGAGGGUCAACCUGAAGGGGGCCUUCCUGGUGACGCAGGCGGUGGCGAAGGCGCUGGUGGAGAGCGGGGCCAGCGGGGGCUCCAUCAUCCACCUGGGCAGUGUGGUAGGGAAGGUGGGGAAUCUGGGCCAGGUGAACUACGCAGCGUCUAAGGCAGGGGUGGAGGCCCUGGCCAAGACGGCGGCCAAGGAGCUGGCCAGGUACAGCAUCCGCUGCAACACCGUUCUGCCGGGCUUCAUCCGCACCCCCAUGACGGACAAGGUCCCCCCCAAAGUCCUGGAUAAGUUCGCUGCGAUGGUGCCAAUGGGACGCCUGGGGGAGCCUGAAGAUGUGGCUGACGUCUGUGCCUUCCUCGCUUCGGACGAGAGCCGGUAUAUCACUGGGGCCAGCCUGGAAGUGACAGGGGGCCUCUUCAUCUGAGCCUCUGCCGCCCCCUGCUGGGGAGACCCUCACGAACACACUUCCAGGAAGGAUUCUGGGCCUCUUUCAGUAGACGCUGCAUCCAUGGACGGACCUGGCCCUCGGCCAAUGCCCAUCGCUGCCAGGGGGCCGUAGAGGAUGGGCCCUGGACUUGUACGGAAGGGAGUGGGCCUCUUCCUGCCCAGGCUCCCCCCUCCGCAGCAGAGGGGUGCAAUUGCUGUUUCAGGCUGGUGGUGACUAGGAGGAAUUUUAUAUUCACUUGUGGAUUAAUCAAGCAAUCGGUUGAAUUAAAAUAAAGGUGCGUUUUCACUUAA